AUGGUUGUCCCUCGAUUAUUGGGGGAUCAGCCCAGCAUUACCCUUCGUAAGGGAUCGAUAAGGGUGCCAGAUGACAUUGAAUUGGCCGACCCUACGUUCUACAAGAGGCAACCCGUGGAAAUUCUAUUAGGAUCCAGGGUGUUCUUCCAAAUCAUCGGGCCCAGAUCUAUUAAUCUGGGAAAUGGACCUGUUUUUCAGGAAUCCGCCCUUGGAUGGCUAGUCGGCGGACUAGCAUCUCUCCCAAAACCGCGACAGGUCACCGUGGCUGUCGUGGAAGCCAAACCUGAACACAAAAAGACUCCAGCUGCCGAAAAACCAGAAGGGUACGAUGACAAUGAACUAAACUUGGAAAAAUUGUUCAGGCAUUUUUGGGCGCUCGAGGAGGUGACCUCUGCGGAAGCGACGCCCUACCUCAGCGCGAACAUUUGCGAAGAACACUUUCGCAAAAACACCACGACAGGACCGGAUGGAAAAUUCACCGUUCGUCUUCCUCUAAAGCAUGAACCUCAGAUUCUGGGAAACUCUUUUGAACAGGCAAGGAGGCGCUUGCUAUCGUUGGAGAAGCGUCUUACCCAUCACCCAGAUAUAUACGAGCAAUAUAGGGAUUUCCUCAAGGAAUAUCUCGCCAUGCAGCAUAUGGAAAUAGUCCGCCCAGUUGAUCAUGCAAAGGUAAAAUAUUAUAUACCCCACUCCUGUGUCAUUAAGCCGGACUCAACGAAACUACGAGUGGUGUUCGAUGCUAGCGCCAAAACGACAAGUGGCAUAUCUCUGAAUGAGAUCCAGCACAGCGGACCGGUAAUACAGCGCGAGCUAUUUGAGUUACUGUUAGACUUCAGGUGCUACGAUAAGGUAAUCACCGCUGACGUCGCAAAAAUGUACCGGCAGGUAAACGUCCACGAGGAAGACUCGUGGUUGCAAUGCAUUCUGUGGAGGAACCACCCCUCCGAGGAAAUUCAAACCUACAGAUUGAAGACGGUGACAUACGGCGAAGCAGCAUCGUCUUUUCUAGCAUGCCGAGCGCUUCACGAAGUCGGGGAAGAAAUUCGUCCCGAGCAUCCGGAGAUUGCUGAUGCCAUUCAGCAAUGUUUCUAUGUAGACAACCUAAUGAUGGGGGGAGAUUCAGUAGAGGAGCUACUAAAUCGCCGCAAGGCUGUGGAAGCCGCAUUAUUCAAAAAGGAUUCCCCUUGA